AUGUCGGACAACGAAAAUAUAGAUAUAACAAAUCUUAGUGAGGGGAAGAUCGAGAAGUACAUCCAGCAAUUAGAGACCUCUAUUCAAAAGAGAACCACAAUUUAUGGGUUGGAUGAUUUAACAGUAAGUGAUUCAAAUUAACGAAAUAUUAGAUGGUGAGGUAGAAUCAAAUAUUGUGCAAAUUGUUGAAUCAGCAGGGUCUCAUAGCCCUAUAAAAAUAAAAUUACGAAUAGUGUAUCGAGUAUUUACGAAAGGCUGAAGUGGCUACAAUUUACGUUCCAGAAUUAAAGGUUUGAUUUAACGAUAACAUAGGUUCAAACUUUUAAUAAUUUGGCCUGUUAUUAUAGAAAGAUGGGCAAAACCAGAACAGCUCUUCAAUAUUUGCAAUAGGCGUUGGCAAUUGAAUUACAGUAUUGAUUUAUCUUACAUUAGAUAAAAACUAUCCACUUCAUUGCCUGACAUCUACCUAAAUCUCUGUGCAGUUCUUUCUUAAUUAGAAAGACAUGACGAAGCCAUUCAACACAUCUAUUUGUCAAUCAUCAUGUUGCAACAUGAAUUACUCAUUUCUACUUUUCAAAAACCUGAAUUAAAAUAGGAUUAACCCAAUGAAUAAUGUAUACUUCAAUCUUUUAAUCUAAGCCUUCCCAUCCAGACAAUCUAGUGUUUAAUAUGUGAAUACUGUCAAAUCUCAUUAUAAUGAAAGUAAGAAGGUACAAGAAAGGAUGUCCAUCUUAGUCGUCGCAUAUCAUAAUCUAGGAGUUGAAAUGGAACACUUAAAAUUACAGUUUGAAUCCAAGAAAAUAUUUCAAUCUGCUUUGCAACUAUCAGAGCAAUGUCUCCCUUAAGAACAUCAAUUAAGACAUGCCCUAGAGGAUAUAACCAAAAAAUAUAAUUCAGAAUAACAACAACAAUAAGGAAAUGAGUAACUUACCCUCAAACCACUUCUUCCUAAAGUUCAUCAAAAAAAUUCAGAACUUAAAUAAAUAUAUAAGAGUGUCUCUCCAAGACAAAUACUUAGAAGAAGUACCUAGUUGCAAUAAUAAAAAAUCAAUACUAAUAAGAAUUUCAAGUUUAUAAAAAAGAAUUCGUUUAGUGAAACCUAUAGACUUGAAAGAGACAGAAUCAUGAGUAUCAAUGCAACAACUGAAGUUAUUAUCAAGAACUAAGAAAAUAAAGACUUAAGUAAUCUUCCAUAUUUGAAAACAGCCAUAGAUACCGUUAAUUAAACAACUAUAUUUUGAAAUAUAAUACUCAACUUUAU